AUGGAUUCAUCUGUGAAAUGGUUAGCAGGUGGAGCUGGGGCAGGUCUUGCUGUUGAUUUAAGCUUGUACCCUUUGGACACAUUGAAGACGAGAUUACAGAGCAAAGAUGGCUUUAAAGCCUCAGGUGGAUUUCAAGGAAUUUACCGUGGAAUGGGCUCUGUAGCUCUUGGCUCUGCACCUGGAGCUGCGUGCUUUUUCUUGACGUAUCAGAAGAUCAAGUCGAUGGUUGGGAAACAGUGUAAGUUUAUAUUAUUGUUUUUUUUGCUUUUAGAGAUGGUUCUUCUGUAAUUUGGCGUUAGAUGAAAGACUGUUUUUAAAAUUGAAAUUUAUAUCGACCUUUAGCUUUAUUUUUAUCUUAAAGGCAUGGAUUUAAAUAGCCUCAAAGUUUUUAAAAUUAUAAAAACUUAAAAUGAUCAAUUUUAAAUUUCAGCGGCGCUAGUAGACGCAGCAGCAGCUAGUUGUGGUGAAAUAUCAGCUUGUUUGAUUCGAGUACCAACGGAAAUAGUAAAACAACGAGCUCAAGUUUCGAAAAAGUCAGUGGUGAAGAUAGCUGGUUAUUUGUAUAAAACAGCAGGUGUUGGAGCAUUCUACAAAGGCUAUGUUUCUACAUUAUCGAGAGAGAUUCCGUUCGCUUUCAUCCAAUAUCCACUAUGGGAGAAGUUGAAGCAUAAGAUUGCGGAAAGGAAUGUGAGUUGUCUUUUGAACAAGUUUUAUAGAAAUAAUGGUCUAAGAUAUGUGCUUUUACAUUCAAGAGGUAUCUAAAGUAUCAGUUUUGUUUGACUGAUAAGAAAUUGAAGGUUUUACUUAAAAAGUUGAUGGUUUUAGUGCAAAUUAAAAUACAUAGCCAAUUAUUCUUAAAUUUAAGGGAAUAAUUACAAUAAAAUCUUCAGAACCAAUCCAAAGCUUCUCCAUUCCAAUCAGCAUGUGCUGGCAGUGUUUCUGGCUCGUUCUCUGCAGGCAUAACGACUCCAUUGGAUGUGGCCAAGACUAGAAUCAUGUUAGGAACGACGAGGACUUCAAAUCCUUUCUUGGCACUGUCAGAAAUCUACCGAACCGAAGGGAUACGACCAAUGUUUUCUGGAUUCACCCCGAGGUGUGCUUGGAUGGGAAUUGGCGGCUUUGUCUACUUUUUCUCAUACGAGUUUUGUAUUUCUUGUUUGAAUAGGGUUUUGUAA